GGGAGAUUCCAGCAUGGCGGUGCAACCGAAGCAGAACCUGUCCAUGGACAGCGCGGCCGAGCACGGCUUCCUCAACUUUAUCUUCUCCAUGCCGGAGAAGCCGGACACCACGUUUCGGAUCUUUGACCGCAACGACUACUACACCGUCCACGGGAAAGACGCCAUCUUUGCUGCGAAGGAGGUUUUUAAGACGAAUGGGGUCAUCAAGUACUUGGGAUCAGGAAGUCGGAAGCUGGAGGGUGUGAUCUUAAGCAAGCUGAACUUUGAGGCCUUUGUGAAGGACCUGCUGCUGGUGAGGCAGUACCGGGUGGAGGUGUACAGGAACCACAGCAAGAGCAGCAAGGAGCAGGACUGGAGGAUCGAGUACAAGGCAUCUCCUGGAAACUUGACUCAGUUUGAGGAGAUUCUGUUCGGCAGUGGAACCGGAGCGGAGGGCUGUGCCGGAGUUGUAGCGGUCCGGUUUGCAGCGGCAGCUGAUGGACAGCGUGUGGUCGGCGUCGGUUAUGUGGAUGCAGCCCAGAGGACGAUGGGAGUGUGUGAAUUUCCAGAUAACGAGAUCUUCUCCAACCUGGAGUCCCUGCUGGUCCAGAUCAGCCCUAAAGAGUGCCUGCUAAUUCAGGGUGAAAACAACACUGAUGGGAACAAGCUGCGGGAGGUAGUACAGCGUGGUGGCAUACUGGUCUCAGACAAAAAGAGAGCGGACUUCAGCAGCAAGGACAUCGUCCAAGAUCUCAACAGGCUGCUGAGAACCAAGAAAGGAGAGACGGUGGCAAGCAACACUCUGCCCGAGCUGGACAAGCAGGUGGCCAUGUCAUGUUUGGCUGCAGUGGUGCGUUUCCUGGAGCUGCUCUCUGAUGAGUCCAACUUCAACUCGUUUAGUCUCACCCCUCUGGACCUGGGUCAGUACAUGAGGCUGGACAACGCUGCUGUCCGGGCGCUUAAUCUCUUUCAGGGUUCUCCCGAUGACACGAGCGGGGCUCAUUCUUUGGCCGGUUUGUUGAACAAGUGCCGGACCCCGCAGGGGCAGCGGCUCGUCAACCAGUGGAUCAAACAGCCACUCAUGGACAAAACGAAAAUAGAAGAGAGGCUGGACCUCGUGGAGAGUUUUGUGUGCGACUCUGAACUGAGACAGACCUGCCAGGAGGAUUUGCUGCGGCGUUUCCCUGAUCUCCACCGCAUGGCCAAGAAGUUUCACCGCCACUCUGCCACGCUGCAGGACUGCUACCGCGUCUACCAGGCCGUGAGCCAGAUCCCCGGCCUCGUCGCGGCCCUGGAGGGGUACUCAGGCAGCUACGAGGUUUUGCUGCAGGCGGUGUUCACCUCUCCUCUCAGAGACCUGCAGAACGACUUCAUCAAGUACCAGGAGAUGAUCGAAACCACGCUGGACAUGAACCAGAUCGACCAUCAUGAGUUCCUGGUGAAGGCCUCGUUCGAUCCGGUGCUGAGUGAGCUGAGAGAAAAGAUGGAUGCGCUGGAAAAGAGCAUGCAAGCGGUGCUGAACAGUUCAGCUAGAGAGCUGGGUCUGGAUGCCGGUAAGACAGUGAAGCUGGAGUCCAACGCUAUGCUGGGUUUCUACCUGAGAGUCACGUGCAAGGAGGAGAAGAGCCUGAGGAACAACAAGAAGUUCACCACGCUGGACGUUCAGAAGAACGGCGUGCGCUUCACCAACAGUAAGCUGAGCUCUCUGAAUGAGGAGUACACCAAGAGCAAGGAGGAGUACGAGGAGGCCCAGAAUGCCAUCGUCAAGGAGAUCAUCAACAUUGCCUCAGGUUAUGUGGAUCCCCUUCAGGUGCUGAGCGACGUCAUAGCACAGCUGGAUGCUGUGGUGAGUUUUGCAGUGGCGUCCGUCUCGGCUCCGGUCCCGUACGUUAGGCCCCGCCUCCUGGAUGAAAGCUGCAGGCGUAUGGAGGUGCAGCAGGCCAGGCAUCCCUGCAUGGAGACGGACGCAGACACCGCCUUCAUACCUAACGACAUCACCUUCGUCCAGGGGAAGAAGAGCUUCUACAUCAUAACAGGACCAAAUAUGGGCGGGAAGUCGACAUUUAUCCGACAGGUGGGCGUGAUCGCUCUGAUGGCUCAGGUCGGCUGCUUCGUGCCGUGUGAGAAGGCGGAGCUCAGCGUGAUUGACAGCAUCCUGGCCAGAGUGGGAGCAGGAGACAGCCAAGUGAAAGGAGUCUCCACGUUCAUGUCAGAGAUGCUGGAGACAGCUGCCAUUCUGCGCUCGGCCACAGAAAAGUCCCUCAUCAUAAUCGACGAGCUCGGCAGAGGCACGUCCACCUACGACGGCUUCGGGCUGGCCUGGGCCAUCAGCGAGCACAUCGCCUCCAAAAUCUCCUGCUUUUGUCUCUUCGCCACUCACUUCCACGAGCUGACGGCGCUGGCAUCUCAGCAGUCCAGCGUCCAGAACCUGCACGUCACGGCCCUGACGACCCAAAACACCCUCACAAUGCUGUACAGAGUCAGACCAGGUGUGUGCGACCAAAGUUUUGGAAUCCACGUUGCCGAGUUGGCCUCCUUCCCUCCGUCGGUGCUGGCUGCGGCGAAGGAGAAGGCCGAGGAGCUGGAGGAGUUCCAGGAACCUGGAGGGGACCGGUCGGAGCGGGACGAGGAGCCUGAGGCCAAGAGACGGCGCUCAGACAAACAAGUGGCUGAAAGCCUCAUCGAGGACUUUCUGCAGAAGGUGAAGUCUCUUCCUGUUGCCUCGAUGACAGAAGAGGAGGUGAAGGUGGAGGUCAGGAGACUGAAGCAAGAGCUGGUUGCCAAAAACAACACGUACAUCGGUGGGCUCCUUGCUCGUUGCACUCCUGUAAAAACUAAAGUGUAGACCUACACCGUUUCCUCGACUAAGCCACACCAAUUAUCUACUGUCCAACACCAAUCGAGUGCUUAUAAUGUAUAGUUUUUCAAUAAAAAGUCCCUAGCGAGCUACACGUUAAUCUUGUGUCUUGAUGUCUGAUGGCUAUUAUUCAGCUUUGUUCUGUCUGGACCUGCUUGCUG